CAGCCGUUGGGGCAGGCCUGCUGCCGCGCAUAGCGCCGCCAGCCCCGCGGUCGGGCACCCAGCUCCGCCGGAGGCGGCGGGGAGAGCACCGCAGCCCCGAUGGCCAAGCAACCCCCCGAGGUGAAGGCUCAACGCGACGCCGGUGAGGGCGGGAGGCUGCCGGCGGCGGUGGAGGGGCCGGGCCCGGCCGCGCAGCAGCUGCGUCCCGGGGCUCCCGCCGCCCUGCCCGGCUCCUGCGCUACCGCCGCGGCUGGGCCUCCAUCGCGGGGCCCGCCCGCCAGCCCCGGGCCCUUCGCCACCCGCUCGCCCCUUUUCAUCUUUGUGCGGAGGUCGCCGCUGCUGUCGCGCUCCUCCAGUGGGUAUUUCUCCUUCGACGCCGAGCGAAGCCCUGUGCCCCUGUGCUGCGACAAGGCCACUCAGACCCCCAGCCCGCCCUGCCAGGCCCUCAGCCACUGCCUCAGCGCCAUGGCUUCCCGGUGGCCGUCUGCCUCCGUAGCAGAGGACAUACAGCCUGAAAUCUGGAUUGCACAGGAGCUGCGGCGCAUCGGUGAUGAGUUCAAUGCCUCCUAUUGUCCGAGAAGGGGUUUCUUGGAUAACCAGGUGGGACAUCCCCAGAUCAUCAUUUUGCGCCUCCUGCGUUACAUCAUCCGCUUCAUCUGGAGGAUGCAUUGAGCGCCGGGUGCGUCCCAGGGCAUCAGGACUUGUUUACUCAUCGGGAAAGCCUGGGGAGGACGGACAGACUUGCCUUUUCCCCAGGACUUGCGGUAGGGCCGUCAGAUGCGGGUGGACAUCCCACACCAACCUGCUGGGACUUUUCAAAGCAGGAUUUGUCUGAGUAGCGUUUACUGUGUUUCUCUCAACUCUUCUGUGAUUUUAAAGGUUUUUUUAAUUCUUGAAAGAGUUUCAGAGAAAAUACUCAGCUGUAAUGGAGUAUUUUUUUUAAGUCAUGCUUCUGGAAAGCUGUCGGCUCAUCUGGGAUAAAUCCUGCAGCAGGGAAAGGGAAAGCCUGAGCCAGCUGAUGGGUAGAGCUGCCUUCAUUUGCCUCACAGAAACUGCUGGAGCCCUCCACUCUCCCUUUGCCUCCCAGACAAUGAUGGAAGGAUUGCAGAGGAAUUUAAAUCAGCACUUCUUUUUCCUGUAAAUACCUAAUGCUACUCCAAAUUCACCUUACUCUGCAUCAUGCAAACAGCCUAUUUCCUGCUGAUGGAUUUUUUUAUUAUUGUUAUUUUUAAUACAUAUAUAUUUUUUACACUCUCAAUUUCAAGACUUCUCUGUCAGACUCCCGUGUCCAAUAUAUAUCACAACCAACCAAACCAAAAACAAUCCACCAGGUUGCCUUUUUUUGUUCUUUUUAAAGAAAUUCUUCCUAUAAAGCAUGUGAAAAUGCUUAUGUAUUGUAUAAUACAGUGUAUGAUGUGAGUGACUGAGUAAUUCAGCAAUAAAAUGCUCUUGGAGGCAGGUAGAAACAGUUCCCAGCACACCGCAGCUUUGCACACAGAGACAACAGCUCCUGCCACGUAACUUCAGGAAUCAUUUUAUGUAGUGGCUUGUACCUUGGUGUGGAACCCAGGAGGGAUUUCAGGCGCUUAUUCUCCUGGGAUUCCUAUGUUUGGACAAAGGGAUGAACGGAACAGAACUGGCAGCAUGAAGAUCUGUUGGGGAUGCAGAUGAAAGAGGUGUUGAAGAAUGAUGACCUGCUACGGAUCCACUCAGGGACUUGCCAUGUGGGGUCUGACUGCCACAUCUCCCAAACUGCCCUCCUUUCCACCAUGGAAGGCCUGACUGGGCACUCAGUGCCAUCUCAGGGCAUCUCCACUUCAUAUGGAAGCCCUGGAACUUCAAGAGCUGUUUGGAAGAAGCAGGUCUGUUGCCCCAUUGUCUCCAGUUCAUCUUGCUGGCUGGUGGCUGCACAAUGGCAGGUGAUUUUGGGAGGGUGUCUGCUCUGGCCACCCCUAUAUCUAUGCACAGACAUAUCCCUCUCUGCCUCUAGAGCUGCCCAUUUUCUCUGACUGGUGCAGAUGGACUGGUGCAGACCCACUUAGAAGCAUCAUAGGUUCAUUUCUGGUUUCACUAGCACCAUAGGAGAAGAAUGAAGAGGAAAGGAACAAAGCAAACACAAGCCCAUGGUAGCGUCUUUUCCUGCCCUGCGCCUGUGGGGGGAAGGUGUUGAGUGCCAUGUAUGAUGUUUAGUGUUUGUAAUGAUGGACAAACAACAGUCUGACCUCUCUGUACUGGCUGCCUGUGCCUGUUGGGUGGGUGAAGAGCCAUGGUGUCAGUGCGAGGCUGCAGGCCUCUGCACUCCUCUGGAGGAUUACAAAGCGACUGUUAAUUUUUAUUUGACUUUUUUUGAGCUCUGGUGGGCUUUUGGAGAGUUUUUUGUGUUUGGGGGGGCUAUUUUUUGACCUGCAAGAUAAAUAUUGGUGACAGGAGCUGGCCUCAGCCACAGGAGCAGAAGAUGUUUUGGAAAGGGUAUUUUGGGAGAGAAUGAAGGGGGAAUCUGCAGUGGUAGAGAUCAAGCAGUUCAAAGAUCUAGGCAGGUUUUUGGGCUUCUUGUCCCCUUGGUUUUUGGCUCACCAUAGCUCCAGCUGUGCUAAAGUCAUAGUGUUUUUUCUGUAGCUGCCACAGUAGGUUCCCCAUGGGAACCUAUGUGGACCUACACAGUCGUUGAAAAAAGUCAUAAAAGUAAAUAAAGUUAAUAUCAGAGGAGGGGAACCAAAUGAGGUUUUUUUUCCUGGUUGAGUUUUGUCUGUCACUGGGUCUUGCAGCCUUCCAGCACCGUGUCACCCAGAAUGUGUCCCUUGGAGUACACCAAAGACAUGAUGAGCACUUUACCCCAUCCUCCCCACCAGACCACCCCAGCUAACAAUGGAGAUAAAAAUCAUGUUACAAGGGAAAAAAAAAUAAGGUAUUGGCACAGUCUGCCUGGGAUUUCUCUGCAGGCGUCUCCUCAGCCAAAAGGUAGUGUAGGGAAAUUUGGUUUCACCCCCACGGAGUUGUGAGCUGUAGGGAGAAUAACACCCAAAAGCCUCUAAUCAGAGCAAUUGUGGUUUUAAUUAGAUGAUGCAGGUUUUAGCCUCACUGGCUGACUGCUCUGGGUCAUUUCAAGCAUAACCUGUGGCCUCAGUUCUGCAAAAAAGAUGGGAUGAAGAAGAGUUUUCCUUGGUUGCAGAGAAACCAGCUGGAUUCCUGGGCAAUCUCCCUACCAUGCGCUAGCGCUUCUCUUCUCCACAACUGUAAAUACCUGAAUAUUUAUUAGAGUAGGGCACCAUACUAUUUUCAUCAUCUGAGCCAAAUAUCUGUGUGCAAUGUAUUUUCUUUCCUUUUUCUUCUGUAAGUUUUGUACAGCUUAGAAAUAAGUAAAAAGAAAAAAACAAGUUUCUAAACCUUUUUAGAGUUGGACUUGGUAAAUACUGUAGAUUCUUUCCCCCCCAUGUAAUUAAUGCACUCUACUGUUCCAUCAUGCUGUAACUUGUAGAAAUGUAUAUUUAUUUUCUGCUUAUUUAAGUUCUUGUAAAGAUUUGUGUGUGUGUCACCCCCUUCUCUCCUCCUUGCCCCUGCAAGAAGCAAUGGAUCACUUUCCAAAGUGCUGUCUUCUGACAGUGCAGCCAGCGUGGUUUGGAUCAUGAGAUUUGUCGUUCUUUUCUCCUCUCUAAGUGCCUAAGCCCCACUUCCCAGCAGUGAUUUAGGCACCUCAAGGAAUUCAGCAUUAGUGAAAUCCAGUGGGAAUUUGGCUUCUACGUCUCUGUGAUUUUCUCCACCCUUCCAAAAGUUGCAUUUUCCUCCAUCUCGGCCGUUUUUCACGUUCCAGCUUUAUCAUCAGGUACUGCCCUGGCAGCGCACGUGGAUGUGCUGGCAAAUCACUAACUCAUUCCAUAGGACCCAGCAUAUGUAGCAUUUUUACUGCAAUUUCCCUGGCUUACUUGUGUUUUGCACUGAUGAAUUUUGGACAGGGUAAUUGCCACUUUACUUGUGCAAUACUGCUGUAAAUAAUUGCAGAUUUUUUUUUUAAGAGGCAAUCUUUUACGUUCUUUAAUAUGAGUUUUAUAUGAAUAAAAACUUUCAACUAUU